AUGGGUGGUGUACGCGUAAUCAAUGAUGAUGGCCAAUUUUAUGAGGAAAUGUCUAGUGCGGGUACAAAAUUGGUCGUAGUCGAUUUCACAGCAACAUGGUGAGCUUCGUAGGGUUAUAUUAAAUGAAAGGUUACUAAGAUUUGAAAACCCUAAUUUUAUUGAUUUGUGAAAUUUCAUUUACUUUCUCCUUUUUUCCAUACUCACAUAUUUGCAAUUAUUUUAUAACAUUACCAACAAAAUUAUGUUUAAUAUUUUUGUAUGCUGCUGUCAUUAACAUGACACUAAGUAAUAAUAAAUUCGUUCCUUAAAAAAAAAAUCUUAAAUAUACAGUUUAUUGAAUUUUAAAAUAUAUAUAAUAUAUACAAUCAACCAUGCUUAAUCUUAUAUAUUUCUAUAAAUAUAACAGAUAUACGUGAUUAGUCUUAUAAUUCUAUUAAAAAAUUAUCUUGUAAUUUUACAGGUGUGGUCCUUGCCAAAGAAUUGCACCAAUAUUUGAACAACUAUCAAUGAAAUAUCGAAAUGCAGUAUUUCUUAAAGUUGAUGUAGACAAAUGUGCAGAGAUUGCUGCAAUGCAAGGAGUUAGUGCAAUGCCUACAUUUAUAUUUUAUCGCAAUCAAACAAAACUGGGCUUGUGUCAAGGAGCUAAUCCAGAUGGAUUGGAGUCAAAAAUACAGCAAUUUUAUGGCAGUGGAGAUUCAGAGGAUUCUGAGAGUCCAGUAUCUGGACAUAUGGAUCUAUCUAGUUUCAUUACAAAGGCACAAUGUGAAUGUUUAAAUGAAUCUGAUGAUCACAACUUUUUACAAUGCUUAAGUUCUGAUGAUGGAUAUUUAGAAAGUGAAUGUGAUGAACAACUAAUUUUAUCUAUUGCAUUUUCACAAGCAGUUAAAGUGCACUCUUUGAAGAUUAAAGCUCCCAAAGAUAAAGGACCAAAAAAUAUCAAACUGUUUAUUAAUCAACCAAGAACCAUUGAUUUUGACAUGGCCGAUUCUAAUACAAGCAUUCAAGAUUUAACAUUAUCAGCAAAGGAUAUUGAAGAAGGAAAUCCAAUUUCCUUGCGUUAUGUAAAGUUUCAAAAUGUACAGAAUAUACAAAUAUUUGUAAAAGACAAUCAGAAUGAUAGUGAAACAACAAGGAUCGACCAUUUAGCUAUAUUUGGCUUACCAAUUUCAACAACAAACAUGGGAGAAUUCAAAAGAGUGAAUGGAAAAAAAGGGGAAAGUCAUUAACAAUCAAUUUACAUGUAAUGAAAUAUAAAAAACUAUGUUGUGUCAAAUAAACUUUCCAUGGCCAUUGUAUUUUCUAAGAAUUAUGCAGAAAAAGAUUUUUUAAUUUUUUUCUUUGUUUACAUGAUUAGAUAUUAUAUAACUGGAAUCUCCAUAAUAUAUUAUGGAACUUAUAAUAAAAUUUGAAACUUUACCGAGGAAUAACACAUACAUGUAAAUUGAAAAUUAUUUGUUUAUUGACAAAUUAUUAACAAUAAUAUCAGAUUCUGUAAAAUCGCAGUAUAUAGUCGUGAUACAUGUUUCUCAAUUGUUUAUUUAAAAAAUAUUUAAAUAAUUUUUAUGUGUGCUCUUGCUCAAUCCGUCAAUGAUUAGUGCAAGUUACAAAAAAUAAAAAUUGUUGUGCUCAGAAUAAAUAAAUGAUGAAAAUUAAUAAGUAUUUUAUUUGAUUAUCCUCAUCAAGAAUUAUUUACAAGAAAUAUAAAUAAAAUAAAUUAUGUAUUACAUAAAAAUGUUAUUAUGUAUCUGUUUUAUCAUGUACAAAAUUGUAAGCACUGUUAUAAUAUAAACUUUAUUCAUAUUAAUUUUAUCAAUAUAAAUUUUCAGUCAAUUCCUUAUUUAGAAAGAAGUUUUAUGAAUUCGCCAAAUGCCACCACAACGGCAAGCUCGUGCCCACCUUUGAUCCCAUGCUCUAA